CCGUGACAAUAUCUCUUUGCCCCUCUCCCUCCUUCCCUCCCACCCCCCUUUUUCUCGAGGUCUUGGCAGCCUGCGGCCUAUUGCAAGAUCACUCUGCGAUGACCAGGCAAAGCCGACGGAGACAAACAUGCACAUUUUCAUUCUUGCCAGCCAGUGUUGGGGCUCGGAGGGUCUUUCACACCCGUCUCCGUAUCAUUUGCCCCCCGCUUGCGUGUCGUUCUGGGGAUUGUUCUACCUUUCGAUGGUAAGAGCCCUGUCUCGCACUCUCUCCCCUCAACGCCCCUCGCUUGAACUCGAGACUUGCUUUCGGCACGGGGAUCCCCCUGUAUCUUCACCGGUUUUCAUUGCCAAAUGCUUGUUUCUGCUGCCGUGGGCGGGGCUUUCCCAAAACCUGGGAGGGUCUCGACCUACGGUGACGAUAAUUUAUAUAUAUUUCCCCUUUACUAAAGACAGCGACGCGUGCGAGUCCCGAGCAUCCCGUGCGUGUUUCAAACCGAUGGGUUAUAGCAACCCUACAAAUUUGUCUACGCUCUCGGCUUCACAACCGAGAAUGAAUGAAUGCCCAAGAUUAUGGCGGGAUCGACAAAGUCGGACCCUGAACAGUCCAGGGACCAUAGAUAGGUUACGGCCCAUUACUCCGUCUCCCCUGCCUACCUACCUACCCACCCAUCCCUCGGAGUCUGGAACGGUUCCGCCUGCAUGCGCGCGGGUCGUACGUACGUCCAAAUACAGUGCUUCUCUCGUUACGACGAGUAAGGGCAGACACGCACAUGGGGACGGCAUGGGCAGGCAGGCUCGAAUAGGCUGUUACGCGGCAGUGGGCGUGUUCUGCAAGGGGCGGGGGAUUUUUUUUUGUGCUGAACCGACUAGCGAGGAUUGCGAGAGCCAGACGCGCGUCAGCCACCACCCGUGGGAAAGUUGUCAUCGGCACAGGAACAGGAGAUGAAGGGUUUUUUGAAGUACGUCACUCGGGAGGGUUUCUCGCACCGACCGUCAUUGUCUGGCCCGACUGCUGUCUGGUAUUGAUUACUGGCCGACUGAAGGCAGAGGGAGAGAAGGAGCAUCUCGAGGCCGAUGUGCAUUUCAUGUUAUCCGAGACGUUAUCAGGAGGCGUUGCUUCUCGGCUUGGUGCUUCGUAUGUGUCGACGCAAGCAAGCACCUCGCAGGGCCAGAAAUAGGAGCAGACUCCAAGCAGACCCACGCAAGUUCAUCAACCUUGUGGAACCUUCGGCGACCGAAAACCGGUCGUCGUGUUAAUUUUUAGAUCAAACAGGGGCGCAAUAA